GACACAACUCCAUUGCCGAACUUGCAGCAUCGCACAGAGCACAUACUAGCUAGUACCACUACCAACUUGUAAGAAAGCCGCAAGCUGUGGCCGCAUUGCCGGGUUGCUGAUAGGAUAGUACUUGUUUGAUUUGGUUUGUUGAGACAAUCGAACUAUUCUUAGCUGAAACCAAAAGGUUUUUUAUUCAUCAUGGAGCCUGUGGAUUCUUCUGCUGGGGAAUGGCUGCCAACUCUGGCACUGGCCUUGGCUAUUUUUCUGGGCUCCAUGUUUGUAAUCUUGGCUGUGAACCCACUCAUCAAGGGACCUCCCAAAGUGCUGGAAAUUGCCAAGGAUUUUGAAAAAUACCCGUUGAUUGAAAAGCAAGAAUUGUCCCACGACACGCGCAAAUUCACGUUUGCCCUGCCAGAAGGAUACGUCUUGGGUCUUCCCACGGGACAGCACAUGACACUCAAAUUCACAAACAAAGAUGGUCAGUCAGUUCAACGAUCCUACACUCCGGUUACCGACAACGACUCCAUUGGAAAGGUAUCCUUUGUCAUCAAGGUAUACAAGGCAGGUGUCCACCCUAAAUUUCCCGAUGGUGGACAAAUGAGUCAACAUUUGGAAUCUCUGUCCAUUGGAGACAAAAUACUGAUGAAGGGGCCCAAGGGACAUAUGGAAUACUUUGGCAAUGGAAAAUUCAAAGUCAAGCCAUUGGGGAAAAAGAUGCAAGAGCGAUCCUGCAAUGCCAUUGGAAUGAUGGCAGGAGGAACUGGAAUCACACCCAUGCUACAGAUUUUGCAUGCUAUUUUCAGAAACCCAAAUGACAUGACCAGGGUAAAACUGAUUUAUGCCAACCAGACCGAAAAAGACAUUUUGGUACAACGUGAACUGGAGGCUUUGCAAAAGGAAUUCCCCGAUCGAUUUUCAUUGCAUUACACUCUGGACAAGGCACCGGACGGGUGGAAGUACUCGGAGGGAUUUAUCAAUAAGGACAUGAUUGAAAAACAUCUUAUCAUUCCUGGCAGUCAACAACAAUUCUUCAUGUGCGGACCCCCUCCAAUGAUCAAAUUUGCCUGCAUUCCAGGUCUCGCAGAGCUUGGAUACUCGGAUCAGGAUCAUGUCACUUUCUAAGAUACUCAUUGAUUGAUCCACCAAGGAUUGCCAAUUAUGGAGGUGUCACAUGUACGGUACCUGCCCCGAAGCUACAGGUAGUACGGGCGAAAAUCCGGAGGCAUUGCCUUGCAUUGCACGUGGCACCAUGGAGUACCGUUAUAAAACGCCGAACGUUUUUCCUGCCUUCCGUUCACGCCUUGAGACAGACAUCCCUCAAUCCCAAGUAAUCCCAUUGUGUAUGGCCCGUUGAGCUUGACACCUCGCAAAGAAGUCAUUGCGACUCCGGUGACGUCGGGUUUCGCAUGGAUGCAACUACUCUAUCACGUAAGAAUGCCCACGAUAGCUAAAUGAGACAGACGGGAAUCGGGCGAGUUUCACGAACACCACUCAGCGUACCGGUGGUCUGAAUGGGUUGAGUUAUCGAGCGAAUUUGGCCAUAAAACAGCAUGGGGUGGGCCAUAACCUGAGUUUGCCUGGAAGUUUCAUCAAUCCACUCUUCUCUACCCAAGUGCCGAAAAGUUGACAAUG